AGCUACCACCGCAUGUGCACCACAGCAAACCGGUCUGGUGGUGGUGAAUGUGUGUUGGUGUGUAAGUGUCGGCUGUGCAUGUUGCGCGGAGCGACCGAGUUCGCUCUGUUUCUACAAACGCCUCAAUGCUCAGGCACUUGGGUUUGUGAGUAUGAAAAUAAUUCAGUUGUAGACCAGUCGUGAUCUUAAACGGAUGUGUUGUCCGUUCGUUUGUGCACGCUCGCCAGCCGUACAUUUUACCGCUACGCCAAAAGCAAAGUAAAACAGCCAGUGGCUCGAUUAAGCAGUGACAAAUCGUUUGAUUAAUAAGUGUUGAAUACGAAAACAAUUUUGAAUAUUUUUUAUUUGAUUUUGAUAAGAAAUUGCAAACGUCGGAAUUGUUUUACAGUUAAAAAUUAAAAAAAAAAAAAAAAACAAUUAAUUAAAAAUAAACACAUACACACACACACUACAAAAACUGGUUUUAAAAUCCUGACUGCAAAUGCAUGGUGCUUUCGUUUUGUUGUAACGUUAAUGAGAACGCGCGCGCACGGUCGCAUUAGUCAUUAAUUAAAGAUUAAUUAAAACGCUUUAGUUGAAAGCUAACAAAUUUGCAAGCGACAAAGCCAACAAAGGUGACAAGCCAAUUUGAGCGUGAAAAGCGAAAUACAAAAACAAAAAAUUAAAAUUGAAACAAAUUGAACAAAAUUGCAGUGAGCCGAAAGUAAAAACAAAAAAAAAUUGCGAAAAAGCGCACAGGAGUGUUGAACAAAUUUCAUUACGUCAACUCAAGCGCUUUGCAGAGUACGAAACAGUAAAAAAUAUGUUGUUGUAUUCGAAGUCAAGCAGUUGUGCACUGUGACAUCUUUUAUUGUAUAAAUAAAAAAUUUAUAAAAAAAAUUAAAAUUUAAUAUUGUGCAAAAUUAACGAAACGCCAGCGCCAGUUACACUUUCGCCACCCCGCUGCCCCAUGUUAAAGCUGUCAUCCACAGGAAUGACUGUCACUGGUUUACGCACAAGCAUGACAAGCCCGACGGUACCGCCGCAAACAGCGUCCGCCGCCAUCACCACCACCAUGACAAUGACCAGCCCCAGCACGCUGGUGGUCAGUCCCGCACAUCUAAUUGGCGGCAACAAUAACAGCAACAGCAACAGCAACAACAAUAAUACAAGUCUCAAUCGCAGCGGUAGCAACAGCAGCCCCACAUCACCCUCCACACUCCUCCUAACACAUCAGCAACAGCAAACGUUGCAGCAACAAUUGUUGCCGCUACACACACAGUCACCGCAUAGUCACCCGCAUCAGUUGAAUAAAACCAGCUCGCGUCUGAGUAAUUUCAGCGUCGCUUCACUCUUAGCCGACACGCGACCAGCAGCAAAUUUGUCCCCCUCACGCACCCACAGCGCGGACGGCAUGCAAAUGGAGCCGCGCAAUUUGUCCAGCCACACACCAGCCGUCACGUUGUCACCUGUUUCGCCGGCAGGCUCCUCACCCGCCUCACCCAACGCCGCACAUGGCACGCAACCUUUGGCGCCACACGCUGCCAACCAUCCGCCACAUCAGCAUCCACACGCGCACUUCCAUUCCGCCGCCGUGGCACAUCAUGCGCAUUUGUUGCAUGCCGCGGCAGCCGCACACGCGCAACAACAACAUGCCGCCGCGGUGGCUGCCGCCGCUGCAGCACAACAGGCGGCGGUCGCGGCAGCGGCCAACAGUGGCACAGCGCCACAUUUGCACGGCGCAACGGCUCACUUGCGCCACACGUUGAGCAGCAGCUCAGCGGAAGCGCCUACCAAUCUAGUUACCACGGAGAGCGGUAGCAGUAGCAACGCGCAACAACAACAUCAUGCGGCAACAUCACGUCUUGGCUCACCCGCUACACAUAUGAGCGGCCCCAGCGCGGACACGUCCUCCUCCUCAUCGGCCACAGCGUUGCUGGCGAAACAUGAACGUCACUCGCCCAUCGGCAGCUCGGUGGACUCGGAGCUGGAGUAUGAUGAUGAUUACAAUGAGCACGAGCACGAUGGUGAGCAUGAACAUGAUGAAGAGGAGGAUUCGAUAGUGGAUAUUGAAGAUAUGAAUGCGGAUGAUUCGCCGCGUUCCACACCGGACGGCAUGGAUAGCAGCAAAUCACCGGAAACGCUUAGCGCUCAUAUGCCCAACUCACCGCAUCUGCUUUCGCCAGCGGCAUUGGCUGCCUCGGGUCAUGUGCCCAUACGGCCGACACCGUUUAGCGCGCUGGCCGCAGCCGCGGUGGCGUGGGGCGGCAUCGGCGGCGGUGUGCCUUGGCCGGGUGCGCGUCAAAUGCCACCGUUCGGGCCGCCUGGCCUAUUUCCAGGACAAGGAUUCGGCGGAGGUG